AUGAGUUUGCACUCGUACAAUCGCGACGAAGUCGCCCUUUCGGUGACAGAAUUCUAUAAUGCACUCACCAAAUUACCCUAUGUUGACGCGAAAGCUCUUAUUUGCCCUGCCACGGAAGAAAACGAUCGCGCGAGAUCUGGGAUCAACGAGGCUGAGCUCCGCUGGCGCGGAAAGACAGAUGAAGCCAUCGAGCUGCUACGUCAUCUACCAUACUUACGACAGCCCGUUGAUAACAGCAAAGCAGAGACAAGCUCUAUAAAGGGACUCGGAAAUUGUGGCAAAAAAUGGAUGCUAGGUCCUGAUACCAUCUCUAUUGCCUAUGGCGAUGGGGAGGUAUAUAAUAGAAAGUUGGACGAAAUACAACCUACGCCAGGCCAUUGUGUCUGGUUAACUGAUCUGAUGGAAGAUGGCCAUGGGACGGCUUUGCUGAUAGAUACCAAUACUGGCACAAUAACUGAAUAUUCUACGGAAAGGCGCAAAAUCGUGAUUGACAUUGUGGACUAUGACAAACUCGCCCCAGAAGAACGUUGGAUGGCGUAUCCCACAUGGCCGGUAAAGGAUUUCUUUCGAAUGUGGUCUAGGAGGUAUGAGACACUGACGUGGAUGGCGGUAUAUCAUGACAUGGGUAGGGCUGGCACAGCACUAUGGUAUAUCGGCUCACAGACUGAUGAUGAUAAUGAUGAGGACGAGUCAUGGGACUCGGAUGACGAGAGUUAUGUACCGGACUCGGAGGAAAAUUCCUCUGAGGAUGAUGAUGAAUAUGAAUGGGACAGCGAGUAUGGCAGUGAUGAUGACUAUGAGGUUUCAGAUGAUGAAGACUUGGACCAACCCGGAGAUUACAAACAAGCAAUAGAUUGGUUAAAGGAUCAUGGCACGGAUGAAAAACAAAACCUAGACAGAGUCGACACUUCACGGGGAAAUGAGUUCAGCUUGGAAAGCAAAACAGCAGUAAGUAGGAGUAUUUCACCCUUGUCUGGUCGUAACUAA